UUAGUAUUGAUCUUAUCCUUCUAUUCAUCAUAAGGUCAAACGCUAGCAGAGAGAAGGAGCCACCAUUACCAAGCCAACAAGGAAGAAGAAGGGAGGUGCUGGUGAAGGAGGAAGCAAGCAGACCCGACCAGGGGAGCACUUGGGUUUGUAGCAGGCAACAUCAAGCCAACGAAGACAGGAGCAAGCUAAUUAACCCCAAGAACCACAGCUUAACUUCCUCAAGGUGUCCUGAGUCAUACAAAUAUUUCAUCCGAUGGGUUUGGUGGACGUAUUUUAUCAGUGGGAAAUCCAAUUGCUUGUGCUCUUCAGCUUCGCACUUCAAGUGUUCCUAUUUUUUACCGGCAGCCUUCGACGGCGCAGCACCGGCAUAUUCCUCAGAGUUCUUAUUUGGACAGCUUAUCUAGGAGCAGACUGGGUAGCAGUUUAUGCUCUUGGCUACCUCUCAAGCCACAAUGAUGUACCCAGUGCAAGUUACACAUUAAGGAGAACCCAACCACUAGCUUUCUUUUGGGCACCCUUCCUCCUCAUCCAUCUUGGUGGGCAGGAUACUGUUACUGCUUUUGCCAUGGAGGACAACAACUUAUGGUCAAGGCAUUUGUUGAAUUUGGUGCUGCAAGUAGUCCUAGCUUUGUACGUUUUCUGGAAAUCCGUAGGAAGACUCAACAUGGAACUUAUAGUUCCGAGUGUCUUGAUGCUCGUUGCUGGAGUCAUCAAGUAUGGAGAAAGAACAUGGUCUCUCAAAUGUGGGAGCUCUAAAAGCCUCGAGAGCUCCACUGGAGAUCAGUACAAGCAACAGUUUCCGGAACUAAAAGAUACGGAUCCUGGCUAUUCAAAGAUAGUUUUGAAUGCUCUGCGUGCAAUGCCAAAUGUCCUCGGUGUCUUUACAGGACGCAACCUGUUUGCCCAUAGCUCAGCAGAUGUCGGUCAUGAUGCGGUACAAGACACCAAACGUGUAAUCAAGGCGGCGGAGCUUGAGCUUGGCCUGAUGUACGACGAUCUGUACACGAAGGCUGUUGUGCUCAGAUCAAGGACAUGCGUUAUACUUCGAUGCAUCUCUCAUCUAUCUGUAUUGGCUGCUUUUGCUCUCUUCCUUGCAACCGAUAAACAUAGUUACAGUAGAGAGGACACUGUGGUCACCUAUGCACUAUUUAUUGGAGGGUUUUUCCAAGAUCUUUGUUCAAUGUUCAUUUUCAUGAUGUCACCAUGGACUUGGGCAUGGUUGAAGGUCCGGAACUGCCACAAGCUUGCUUCCAUAUCCUGGUUUCUUUUCGCCAGUGAUAUUGGCUGGCCGGAGCAAAAGCCACAGUGGUCAAAUUCCAUGGGACAGUACAACUUUCUGAGCUGGGUUUACCACAAAGACAAGACCAGAACAUGCAAUCAACAAGUGAUGACCGUGGUGAGAAGAUUGGCUAAUUUAUUUGGUUCUGGGAAGAAAAGUCUAUUUUGGAUGAGCAAGGUGUUGGACACUGAGUAUGUGGAGGCUGAUGAGAAGACCAUGGAUUUUGUCGUCAAGGGGAUUACUAACUUGCGUGAUGAGUUCUCCUCCACUGAGGCCCGAGAAUGGCCAAAUCUUAGCCCAUUUCUGAAUAAGAUACGGACUUAUUUUGUUGCUGAUUUUGGUGCUGCUACUGUCGAGAUGCAUAUGUUCACAGAGGAAUACUUGAAUGAAGCAGCAGUAGCUGGAGAAGAAGAUGCAAAUGAUUUGGCAGAGGUAUGCCGGAAACUGUCCAACUACAUGAUGCACCUCUUUGUUACCUUGCCUUCCAUGCUGCCGCUCAACGGCAGCUCCGAGGCUACGCUGGAUAAAUUUAGACAGUCCCGAGGAGAAUUAUGUGGGGUGCAACCAAGCAAGGAAACACUGGAGGAGAUGGUGGAAAUGUGGGUAAGGCUCCUCAUCUACUCGGCCGGCAAGACCCAGGGGCAGAUGCACACGGCGCCGCUGGCUAGCGGAGGCGAGCUCAUCACCUUUGUCUGGCUGCUCAUGUUCAAGAAAGGGCUCGGGGAUUCCGAGGCAAACAGGAUCCUGAUUGCCAAUUCUGCUGGUGUUGACCCCAAUUUGAAAGAGGUCUUCGCCUUCUAUUUUCCUCAUUAAUGGUCAUGCAUGAUCGACAAGAGACCCUCCUUUUAUUUCCAUCCCGCCUUAACCACUCAGUGACUUUUCAGACCAUUCUGCACAGAAUGUACUCCCUCCGUUCCUAAAUAUAAGUCUUUUUGGAGAUUUUACUAGAAGACUACAUACGG